CUACCAUACCAGCCACAGAAAAAACCACCUCAACAACCAUGGCAACACCAACCAUAACUACCGAGAAGAUCACUACAGCCACAGUUAAGUCUACCCCUGCAGUAACAACGGAAAAGCCUACUGUUGAAACUCCAACUGUAACACCUUCAACUCCUCCAUCUUCAACAUCUCGCCAAACAACCUUAUGUUUCUGCAAGUACAUGGAUCACAUUUUCUCUCCUGGUAGCUUCAUAUACAAUAAAACUGAUGGAGAAGGCUGGUGUUUCACUGCAUACUGCAAUUUAACAUGCAGCAUCGAGAAGCUUGCUAGACCAUGUCACUCCACCACUCCACCAGUACCUAGCACCACCAUGUCAAGUUCUGGCACUACAACACAACCUGGCUCAACAACAGUCAGUACAAUAACAGGAUCAACAGCAACGCCUUUCAAAAACUGUUCAUAUCUAAAGCCACCUCGAAAGGAUGGUGAGUCCUGGAAGCUACACAACUGCACCACGGAAACAUGUGACAAUGGCAGAGUAAUCACAGAACAUGUACCAUGUAAACCAGUGACCAUGCCUGUGUGUGAAAAUGGGUUUGAACCAGUUAGGGUCUAUGAUGAAGAAGGCUGCUGUUUUCACUAUGACUGCAAAUGUGUUUGCAGUGGCUGGGGAGAUCCUCAUUAUGUGACCUUUGAUGGCCAAUAUUACAGCUUCCAGAAAAACUGCACAUACGUCCUGGUCAAAGAGAUCAUUCCCAAAUAUAAUUUUAAGAUUCUUAUCGACAAUGAGAACUGCGAUGCCUCUGGAGCUGUGACCUGUACUAAAGCCUUGAUCGUGUAUUACAAAGACUAUGAAAUUAUUCUAACACAGAAGAGAAUCCCAAAGACCGUAAACACGGAAAAUGUGUACAUCAACGGCAAGCAGGUAUUCCCAACCUACUCUAAUGAGGACUUCAUCAUCACAAGUACAACAGUUAAGCUGGUUUUGAAAAUCCCAGCAAUUGAAGCAGUUGUGCUAUUCAAAGGGCUUUCAUUCAGCGUUGACUUGCCAUUUUCUCUUUUCCACAACAACACUGAGGGACAGUGUGGUACCUGUGACAAUAACAGGAAAAAUGACUGCAGAUUACCAAAUGGCCAGAUUCAUCCAUCAUGCUCUGUGAUGGGACAUCACUGGUAUGUGCCUGACAAGAAAAAGCCCUAUUGUGAGAAGCCACCUCCUACACCAAUACCAACACCAAGACCUACACAAACACCCUGCAAACCUGCUAUCUGUGAAAUUUUGAAGAGCAAGGUGUUUGAGAAAUGCCACAAAGUAAUCCCACCACAACCCUUUUAUGAGGCCUGUAAAUUUGACGUUUGCCACAUGCCAAAUUCCACCGUGGGUUGUUCCAGUCUGGAGGCUUAUGCUACAAUGUGUGCUGAUGCAUCUGUCUGUGUAGCCUGGAGGAAUGCUACGAAAGGACAGUGUGAAUAUAAAUGUCCAGAAAAUAAAGUCUACAAGCCUUGUGGACCAACUGUUGUACCAACUUGCAAUGCAAGAUACAAUGAGAAGUAUGUACAACCAUACCCGGGGGAGAAGGCCAACCAGAUCACAGAUUAUAAUCGUUUUGUUGAGGGAUGCUUCUGCCCAGAGGGGAUGACUUUGUUCAGUUCAAAGUCUAACAUCUGUGUUGCCUCCUGUUGCACUGGACCUGAUGGCCAACCUAAACAGCCUGGAGAGACUUGGCAGAGUGGAUGUCAGCAGUGUAAUUGUGAUGAGGAUGGUGUUCAGUGUGAGCCUCGUACAUGUCCCACUCAAAAACCUGUUACCUGUACUGAGGAAGGUGAGGUGCUGGUGAACCGCACAGUGGACUGCUGUGAGACACUGACAUGUGAAUGUAAUAAGAGUCGCUGUUCCUUGCCAUCACAGAAGUGUGAUCUGGGAUUUGAGCUGAAGAUCUACAUGUCCAAUGAUCGUUGCUGCCCUACUUACCGCUGUGUACCCAAAGACGUCUGUGUCUUCAAUGAUACUGAGUACAAGCCCGGUAUGGAGUUCUCCAAAAACCUAUGUGAAAUAUGCCACUGUACUGACUCUAAGGAUCCUAACAGCAAGUUGAACGAGAUUGCAUGUUAUGUGAUCGAGUGUCUCUUCGUGUGUCCUGAGAGCCAUGUGUAUAAACCCCAACCUGGACAGUGUUGUGGGUCAUGUAUACCUACAAGCUGUGUUUUGGAGAUCCCAGGCUCAACUCCGAUAAUUAUUCCUCCUUCACAGUCUUGGUCACCACCAGGUGACAACUGCACCAAGUAUGAUUGCCAGAAGGUGAAGGAUGAGUUUAUACUUUCUAAAAACCACAUAACAUGUCCUGAAUUUGAUCCAAAGAACUGCAUUCCUGGAACUGAACAAACUGACAUGAAUGGUUGUUGCAAAACCUGUAUUCCUCGUUCCAACUGUCAAAAGAAGACAAACACCACCUAUCUGCGGAUAAAGAACUGUAAGUCAGUUGAACCAGUGGAAAUUACAGCCUGUGAAGGAUCCUGUGGACCGUCAUCAUCAAUGUACUCUGCAGAGAGCAACAGUUUCAUGCAUCACUGCACAUGCUGUAAAGAAAUGGCCACCAGUAAGAAGAAGGUGGAAAUGAAGUGCACUGAUGGCAAAGAGAUGAAGCACUUCUACAUUUCAGUUGAUAAGUGUGUUUGCCAGGAAUGUACUGAAAACACCAAAGGCUAACAUAAACAUUUUAAGACUGAAAACUAACCUGACUAAAAUACUCUUAUAAACUUUAAUAUUUCCUCUCCAAAAACUGUUAGAGAAUCAAGACUCAAUAUGUGAAAACCAGCAGAGACACACCUCUGAGCAUUAGCUGAAAGCACGUACCUGAGAACAGUCCAAUACAAGAUAUAUUAGAGCAAAUUAGUAAAAUGCUUAAAACAGCAGUCUGAAAGGCUUCUCUUCCAGUGAGAGAAUUACUUUGAGCUGUUACACCUUCAUAUUUUAUGUCAGCAAUGCUAAAUGGUGAUAAAAUGUUUCCUACACUUCUGGACACUGAACCUUUGAACUUUCAGAAUACCUGUCAUCAUUUUCUCAUUUAUUGUCAGGGAGCCAGGUCCAGAUAGUUCCUCAUGAGGACAGAACAUAUUGGUGUUGUUGUCUCUUUUAGCCUUUUGAAGAGGUGGUUCCUUUGUCCAAAUCUCAUGGUGUGAUAUUUUCAGGGUGUUUCUCUUCCUUUUACUGUGCAUGGUUUUAAAGAUAAAAUACAAGAUUAGGUUCUGAUUCUCAGUAUGCUGUACCUGUCCUUUGUUAUACUUUUUUUUUGCCAUCAUUUCCAAUUGCACCAUCCACAUAGAGUUUCUCAUGAUCCAUUGAAUGUAGCUUAGUGAUAAAGAAACGUAAUUAGAGUAUCAAAGCUUCAGGGUCCUUAAAACUCAGUGAACUGGUGAUUGUGUCUUUGCUUUUUCUUGUUUUUUAUGAAGUUUUAACUCAAUAUAUUUGUAUUUGAUGCACCUUCUGUAUUCAGGGGAAUCAUUUAAUUUCAUUAAAUAAUAUUAUUCCAUUUGCCUACUGCACCA